AUGUCAGCAGUAGACUCAUCAACAUCAAGCGGCCAUCCUGAACGGGAAGCGCAGCAUGAGACUGGCCUGCCACCGCUAGAAACACUGAUCUCACACCUCGUUGCAGCGAAGAGGUCCCUGUCAGCAAUCAAUCACGUAUGGCGCGCAAACGAAAUUGUUACGUCUGCCCGCUCAGCCUUGGAAGAGAGCGUUGUAGUGUCAGCGCGCACCGGUUUCCUCCGCAGCGGCCUGAACAACCAGCUUAGACUGCUUUACAACGUCCGAGCCGAAGUUGAGGAAAUUUCCCUCAGGGGACGCUCUGAAUUUGCAAAUGCUCUAAAAAGCCUUGAUGCAGCGGACGCGCGGCUCAAAAAGACCCUCGGUUUACUGCGCGAGACGAUCGUGCAUGCGUCGUUUCGCCCUGAGGGUGAGGAACCCAAGAGUCUACACGACUUUGUGGAUGAGCGGGGCGUAGAGGAGCUUCACUCGACGCUGAAGAGCUCAAUCGACCGUACCAAUGCCGCUCAGGCAGAUCUGGACGCUUCCAAUAAUGCCUUUGAUGUUGAGCUCCAGUCUAUCAAGCAGGCGUUGAGCACGUACCGGGCGACGACGAAACUAGCGUCUUCCCGGGGUUCAGUAUCUUCCUCGGGCUCCCAGUCAGGUUCUAGCUCCAGCUUACCGUCUAUAUCAUCCAUGCCGUCAAUGGUGCAUUCCUUGGAAAUGCACGCGCAGGAAAUGGCCAAUCUCCUGGAAUCCUUGGUCCGUCAUUUCGACCUCUGCGUCACGGCCGUGAAACACACCGAGGGUGGCGGUGCAGCUGCCCAAUCCAUCACAGGGGACAUGCCAGCCGGAGUAAUGGGCAGUCAUCCCGGCCCUGGUCAUGGCGCAGGCACAGGCCCGACCAUCGAAGGAGACUUUAACGCAAAUCCAAACGCCCCGCUCGACCCUCUUAGCGCGUCGGAGUAUCGGGAGAUGGUAAGUGUCAUCGUCAAUGACGCCGCCGAGGCCGAGGAUGUCGUGAUGGAGAUCCAAGAUCGUAUCGGCGAAAUGGAAUCUGUGCUAGAGACUUUAACUGCGCAACGGGAUUCGUUCGCCGCGAUCUAUAACGCUACCAAGGAGGUCUUUUCUUAUUUGUCUUCUCUCGCGUCAACUCGGCUACCCGGAUAUAUUGCUCAAGCGCACGCCUUCACCGCCGUCUGGAACGACGAGCAUGAUCGCAUCAAGGGCGGGCUGGCGGAUCUGUCGGAUCUCAAUGCGCUUUACGACGGGUUCCUGGAUGCGUAUGAUGGCCUAAUCAUCGAGGUCGCGAGGCGGCGGCACGUCCGGCACCGCGUCGAGAAGAUCCUCCGUGAUGCAAGGAAUAAAUUAGAUGCCCUGUAUGAAGAGGAUGUUAAUGCCCGCGAAACGUUUCGGGUCGAACAGGGCGACUAUCUACCCUCUGACAUUUGGCCGGGGUUGAGUCGGGAGCCGAUGCGUGUUGAGUUUCAUCGUAUUUCCGGUGGGCCGUUGAAGGGCGUGCUUCAAUCUCCGGAUCAAGCUCAAAGUCCUCAGCCUAAUGAAGGCGAGCAACUGGGCCAUCAAGACCCACAGAACCCUGGGGAUGCUGAUUCUAGGUUUGGUGAGGUUAUCCCUGACCUACCUCAAGAACUUGUAGAGCAGGCGCUUGCUCGGCUGAAGAGUAAAAGGCAAAGGUAGUUGGUCAGCAGGCAUAAGUUAACUACCCAUGAUGUUUAUUCAAGCCCAGGAGUCCGUUUCAAAAGACCUAGAUGAUGAACUACAACAUGAGGUGUUGCCUCCUGAUCCAGUCCAACUGCAAACGCUGAUGUAUACUCAGUCAAGCCUGAUGUAAACGCUGCGACUGCAUUCGCUGGAUAUGAGGAUCAAAGAGAGCUCUGAUGGGUCCAAUAUAGCCAGGUUUUGUUAGGACAGUCCACCUCUCCGAUAUUAGAAUUAGUCAAGCACCUUAUCAAGCUCUAAUAAGAUUAUGUAGCCCGCUAAUCAGAGCCAAAAC